AUGCAAAGAGAAUACGACUUCAUCAUAUACGGUGCAUCUGGAUACACAGCAGCGUAUGUGAUCGAUCUCUUCAAGAAGGAAGGCUUAAGCCUUGCAUUGGCGGCAAGAGACAUCAGUAGAAUCGCAGACACGGAUCUCCCAAGAUAUGAAUGCCAGGCGGAUUGCAUUGAUGCAAUUGCUGCAAAGGCAAGGGUGCUGAUCAACUGUGCUGGGCCUUAUUACUACCAUGGAGAGGAUGUGGUCAAGUCGUGCAUAAGAAAUAAAACACACUACAUGGACAUUACUGGAGAAACGUGUUUUGUUGAAUUGUUGAUUAGGAAAUAUCACGACGAAGCAAUCAGAAACGGUGUGUACAUCAUCAACUGCUGUGGAUUUGAUUCUGUUCCCACGGACAUUGGCGUGAUGUAUCUGUGCAGCAUGCUUAGAAAGGCAGAGAUCGAAAGUACGCUGAGCAUUAGCAACCUGGUUUUGAACAAAACUACAUGGGAGUCGCUUAUUGUUUCUGUGUCAAUCCUCAGAAAUGCCAAGAUGCAGCGCAAGAAAGACAGAUGCACAGACGAGCAAACGCAAAAGAAGCCUCAGAGAAAGCCCAGUGCACCAUACAGAGUGAUUUUCAGAGGCUCGGACUACUUUGUGGUUAGGAGAAGUCAGGAACUGCUGGGCCAAGUCGGGCUGCACAAAGCAAGAUUUUCUGCAUACCUACAGCUGCAAGGCAUGCUUGGCGUCAUUGGCUACUGGAUGCUGGUGGGGAUAAUAUGGAUUCUAUCAGGAUCUAGGGCUGGAAGAUGGCUGCUGAUGCAUGGAUACAGAGUUCUUACAUUUGGGGUUGUAAAGAAGAAUCCAGACAUUGAGGAGGUGCACAGGGCAAAGUUCACAAUCGAGAUGAACGGCACAGGAGAAAUAAACGGGCUGGCAUGCACCAAAAGACUUGUGAUAUCUGGGCCCGAUCCAUCAUACCUAACAACAUCCAUAUGCUUGACACAGGUGGCGAUUGCGUUCUUGAAUGCAUUGGACUUGCAGGCUGAAGGCACAGGCGUGACGUAUUUCAAAGGCGGUGUCAUAACACCGGGAUGCGCUUUAUUCAACACCGACAUCGUCAAGAGACUGGUAUCAAGAGGAAUACGCUUUGAGAUUGAUUAA